AUGCAAGCUCCAGGGCAAAGUACGCAGUACUUCGGCAACCUCGACGCAUCAAACGGUGCUUUCGCCUUUCAAGGGAUCGUCAAUGGAGACAUCCACUUCGAUCGUCUCCCAGACGCCGCCUUCAACGCCGCCAGCAAACAACAUGCAUCUCUGUGUCUGCGCGGCACUCGAUGCAAAGUACUGGAUCAAAUCAAAAGCUGGGCGGAUGGCAACGAAGAGCGACCGAUAUAUUGGCUGAAAGGCAUGGCAGGUACUGGGAAGUCUACCAUUGCUCUGACAAUUGCCCGAGAGUAUUAUGACUGUGGUCGUCUCGCCGCGAGCUUUUUCUUCGCACGAGGUGGCGGUGACCUUGCAUCGGUAAAUCGAUUUGCACCGACAAUCGCAAGCCACCUUGCAGACCUCUCGCCGGAGCUUCGUAACUACAUCUCGGAUGCAGUUGUGUCCAACCCUCGUGUUUACAGCCUAGGGUUAAACGACCAGUGGAAAAAGCUCGUCCUUGAGCCGCUAUCACGAUUGAGCCGAGCUGCUUUUCCGCACCCGCUUGUGAUUGUGGUCGAUGCGCUGGACGAGUGUGAAGGAGAAGAAGAAGUCUCUGGGUUGAUCCAAUGCCUGCAAGCUGCCACGCUGGUCAAGAGUGUCGAGCUCCGAGUCUUCGCUACCAGCCGGCCUGGUCAACCAAUAAAUGUCGGAUUUAACAGAAUUUCUUUGCUGGCCCGCCAAGAUUUCAUCCUCCAUGACAUUGAACAAUCAAUUGUCAACCACGACCUGGAGCUCUAUUACAAGCACGAGCUCGCCGACAUUGCACAGUGGUCAGGAAUGGACCACCAUCUCCUGUCCGAUGACACAAUCGAACAGUUAGUUGAAAGGUCUAAUGGACUAUUCAUUCACGCUGUCACUGUUUGCCGGACUAUUCGCUUCGGAAGGCAGGUGGUUGCUGGCGACCGCCUCCUUUCUCUUCUGACUGCAGGAAAUCCUUCCGUCGAGCCGGAGAAAGAGCUAGACCAGAUGUACACCACAAUUCUGAGCUACUCAUUUCCAGAAUUUCUCACGGCGCACCUGCAACCUCCAGAGAUGACCAAAUUACGCCAGUUGUUUCAUCGCAUCGUUGGGUCCAUUGUUGUGCUCUUUGAUGCAAUGUCUAUGGCCAAUCUAGCAGUGAUGGUCGAGGAGACGGAAGAGAAGAUUGCUGCAAUACUAAGUUCUCUUCAUUCUGUCAUCGAUGUUCCGCAGCACCGGCAAAUCCGCCUUGUUCAUCCGUCAUUUCGUGAUUUCCUCCUCGAUCCAUCGAGAUGCUCGCAUGCUACUUACUCGAUCAACGCUGAAGAAGUACACGGUGACCUUUUCACCCGUUGUCUCCGAAUUCUGUUAGGUCACCUACGGCGUAACAUGUGUGGUCUUUCACGACCGGGUACACGCGCCCGUGUUGUCUCGAAAGUCAAUGUUGACAAGUGCAUUCCCGUUCCUGUUCAAUAUGCGUGUCGCUAUUGGAUUUACCAUCUCCGAAGGAGUGCCAUCGACCCUAGAGAACAUUCUGAUAUCAUGGAGUUCUUUGAGACUCGGUAUCUCUUUUGGCUUGAGACCCUUGCCUUGAUGGGCCGGUUACCCGACGGUGUUACCAUGAUCCUGGAACUCGAGAAAAUGCUAGCAGUUACGGCAAAAUGGAUGCGUGGGUCUGCCAUCAGAGCUCCCCUGCGGUUACACUCCAUGGUGUACGAUGCCAAGCGAUUUCUCCUGAGCCAUAGCUCAAUCAUCGAAGAAGCACCACUGCAAGUGUACUGCUCGGCACUGCUGUUUAGCCCAAAAAACAGCAUUAUAAAGAGACUUCAUUCUCACGAAACCCCGACCUGGGUGGUGAAAUCUCCUUCCGUUACCGAAAACUGGAGUCCCUAUUCGCAGAUUUUGAGUCAUCCGGACUGGGUGACGGCAGUGGCAUUCUCGUUCGAUGGCAAGGUUGUGGCCACUGGAUGUGUCGACCAUAUCGUGCGACUCUGGGACGCAGUAACAGGGACACAACGACGCACAUUGAAAGGGCAUUCCAGCAGAAUCACACAAGUGGCGUGUUCCCCUGAGGGCACUAUAGUCGCCUCGAGCGCCCGAGAUAAGACGAUACGUCUUUGGCAUACAGUGACGGGUACUGAGCAGCACGUCCUGCCUUGCGAUAGGUAUUCUCAAAUCGCAUUCUCAUCCGAUGGUGGGCUUAUAGCCUUCACUCUCGAUAAGACGAUUCAAAUUUGGAACGUGGCGCAAGGGACCCAGCAACAUACCCUUCGGGGUCAUACGAACCGCGUGAAUACAGUGGCCUUUUCGCCCGAUGGUAGCUUACUCGCCUCUGGUGCUCAGGACCAAAGCAUUCGGCUCUGGAAUGUGUCAACGGGCGCAGAGCAGCGCAGGCUCAAAGGCCAUACGGAUGAUGUAAAUGCAGUGGUCUUUUCGCCUGAUGGUAGCUUGUUGGCUUCUGCGUCUUUCGAACGAAACAUACGUCUCUGGAACGUCGCAACAGGCAGCGAGAAGCGCGCACCAAAAUUUUACCUCGGAUCGUUUGAAACGCUAGCAUUCCGGCCUGAUGGCAAGCUACUAGCCUCCAGGUGUCAUGGCAAAAUGCUCUGGAUCUUGGGAACGGCCAUCGAUGCAGGGCAGCGAAUGUUGGCAGGCCAUUCAGACUAUGUGACAGCAGUGUCAUUCUCACCCGACGGCACGUUGGUGGCAUCUGGCUCGCACGACAAGACAGUCCGGAUCUGGGAUACGGCAAGUACAGCGCCGACCAAGAGGCUUAACUUGAGAGGUUCUCUCGAUGCACUGCGGAGAAUGGAAUCUCCGCUUUAUUGGGCCCUACACGCCGACGGCUACAGAAAGACAAUUUGGUUCUUGCAUUUCAUUUUAGAUAUCAAGCAGCAACAAAGGACAGGUUUCCGCCACGAGGCGCGGGUAUUUGUCUUCUCACCUGACGAUAGGCUGGUAGCCUCUACCCUCAACGACAACCAAAUCCAUCUCUGGGAUACAGCAACAGGCACAAAGCGAUGUACGCUGAAAGGACAUUCCCGCUUCGUCACGGCGAUAGGUUUCUCUCCUGAUAGCAGGCUGGUAGCCACCUGCUCGGACGACACAACAGCCCGUCUCUGGAGCAUCGCAACUGGCGUAGAAAAGUUUUCUCUCAAAGGGCAUUCGGCUGGGGUGGUAGCGUUGGUAUUCUCACCUGAUGGUAGGCUGCUGGCUACCGGUUCCAGUGACCAAACAAUCCGUGUUUGGGAUACCGAAACAGGAACGGUGCGACUUGUUCUGUCAGGGUUUUCGGAGUGGGUAGCAUCGUUGCGGUUUUCACCGGAUGGAAAACUACUAGCCGCUGGGUUCCUGAGCGAUCCAGUGCGACUCUGGGAUACGGCUACAGGUCGAGAACGACACACUAUACCGAGUUCAUCGGAUGGGCGAAUGGCAUUUUCACCCGGCAGCAGGUUACUGGCCAUACUUGAACUGUCUUCUAUCCGACUCUGUGGCACCCUUCCACAAUCCACCCAGGAUGGUACUACGAGCGACGAAACGACCGAGGUGAUAGAGAGAAGGAGCCAGACUGGUAGUCUCAGCCUCACCGAAACCCAGGAUAGGGAUAUAAGGGCCUCGGAAGUACAAGGAAUCUUGAAAGGACAUUCCGGCAACGUGAAACAUGCGGCCUUCUCACCCGACGGCAAAUGGCUGGCCUCUAGCGAUGACAAGACAGUCCGGUUGUGGGAUGUGGCGACGUGCAGCGCACUAGGCGUAACCACGACAGACACGCCCUUGCAGCAUCUGUCCUUUUCCUCAUGCGGCACGUACUUGAUCACCGAUUGCGGGAUUCUUCUGCUUCGUCUGCUUCCGGACACAGGGCGAUUCUCUCCUCGGGUCUUCGCCUCGGGGACUUGGGUUCGGGAGAAUGAGGAAGAGAUUUUGUUUAUUCCUCCGGACUAUCGCGAGGCUCUUCUUUUUGUCAACGGAAGCACCAUGGUUUUCACGGAUGUUUCCCAUCGUGGCUCGAUUUUGCAGCUGAGUUCGUCGGCGAAGUGUAUGACAGGCGGUGCUUUGGCAACUUCUUGA